AUGCAACCGGCAGAUGGCGGGGUGGACGGCGAUGCAAACGGCGGUGUGGAAGUGUCACCAAAGCUGCAAUGGAACCAGAGAAGCGAAGCAAAGGAAAGACCGACAAUUGCGGAACCAAUGACGGUCGCGACAGCCAUUGUUCUUAUUAUCCAAACAAGUGAGGCUCAGAUAUGUUUACCCAAGAAGCAUGAAGCUUUAUUCGUAUUUGGGGAUUCAUUAUUUGACAUUGGAAACAACAAUUAUAUCAAUACAACAACUCCUUAUCAAGCAAAUUAUCCUCCCUAUGGAAUAACCUUCUUCAAGUAUCCAAGUGGAAGAUUCUCUGAUGGACGUAUGAUUCCAGAUGUUGUUGCUGAGCUUGCAAAUUUGCCUCUGCCUCCACCAUAUCUUCAUCCUGGAAAUCCUGAUUUCAGCUAUGGAGUCAAUUUUGCCUCAGGAGGUGCUGGUGCUCUAGUUGAAACUGCUCAAGGAUAUGUGGUAGACCUUCACACUCAGGUGAGAUAUUUAAAGAAAGUAAAGGAAGUAUUAAGGGAGAAAAUAGGAGAAGAAGAAGUAGAGGCACUGAUAAGAAGAUCUGUGUACUUGAUCAACAUUGGAAGCAAUGAUUAUGGUGCUCUUUUGGAUGUUUCAAACUCCACUGUCACUUUCUUACCCGUUGAUAAACAACAAUAUGUUCAUUUUGUCAUUGGAAACCUUACAAUUGCCAUUAAAGAAAUUUACGAGCUAGGUGGAAGGAAGUUUGGUUUUUUAAAUGUGGGUUAUAUAGGGUGUUCUCCGGCAGUAAGGGUUUUGAAAAAUAAUGGAAGAACAUGCCUAGAGGAACUCACAGCAAUUGGAAGGCUACACAACAUUCAACUCUCAAAGAUGCUUCUGAAACUUAACAAACAUCUCAAUGGAUUCAAAUAUUCGCUCCAUGAUUUCUAUGCUGCACAAUCUCAAGUUAUAUUAUAUCCUUCAAAAUAUGGUUUCAAAGGAGGAAGUGGGGGAUGUUGUGGAAGUGGGCCAUACAGAGGAAGAGAUGCGUGUGGGGGGAACAAAGGGAUCAAAGAAUAUGAAUUAUGUGACAAUCCAAAUGAUUAUAUCUUCUUUGAUGCUCGUCAUCCAACCGAUAAAGCUAGCCAGCACUUCGCUCAACUCAUUUGGGAUGGCAACCACACUCUCAAUAAGCCCUACAAUCUCAAACAACUCUUUCAACUCUCAUCUCAAUAA